AUGGCUGCUCCAAUUCCAGCGGCUCCAUUGACCGCUCCCCCAGCCCGUAACCUGCCUCCAUGGGUGUUGUUGGGUGAGAGGACCUUGAAGCAAGAUGCCCCUCUCUCCAUCGUUUAUCCGCCCAGCAUCUCCAAGCCUACCGGAAAUCUUUGCCAAGCAGUUAUCUCCCGGGAGGCACCAAGGUCAGAUUGGCUCUGCAUCGGCUACGAGUCCACUUAUCCAACUACUCCGUUGCCAGCGGCUCCACGGACCGCUCCCCCAGUCUGUAACCCAGCUCCACGGCCUCACUUGAUCUGGAACAACUGGAUGGACGUGACUGACGUCCCCCCAAGGAGAGUGUUAAUGAAUCUGGGGAGGUGUUGGGUGAGAGAGGCCAUUUUCCAGCAGGAGCCCCCUUCUCCAUCGGCUCCCCGCUCACCAUCUCCAAGUGCACCGGAACGUCUUGCCGAACAUGUCAUCUCCGCAAAGGCAACAAGCUCAGAUGUCCUUCCUUGGGAUGGGUCUGUGGUUCUCUGGGAAGCCACGAUGAUCAACAGCCCAGAUUCGGCACUGGUGUCCCCACCACUCCCCUUCAAGAUGGAGGGAACUUUUCUAAAGGUGUUUGGUGAGUGGGAGAGGGCCUUGAAGCCCCCUUCUCCAUCGCAUACCCGCCCAGCAUCGCCAAGCUUACCGGAAAUCCUUGCCGAGCAGUUCUCCCCGGAGGCACCAAGUUCAGGGCGUGCUCCAGAAACGUUCGUGGAGAGGGGAGUUCUAGUGAGGUCUGCCCGGACCGAGGGGGAGAAGCUCCUCUUGUGGCCCACAUAUACCACUGCCUGGGUGGCAGGGCCAGGAUGGCCUAAUCUCCCAUAUGGGCUUCUCAUCGGCUCCAAGUCCACUUGCUCCAACUACUCCAUUUCCGCUCCACGGACUCCUCACAUGAUCAGGGACGACUGGGUGGACGUGACUAACGUCCCCCCAAAGGAGAGUGCUGAGGGAAUCUGGGGGUGUUGGGUGAGAGAGGCCUUUUUCCAGCAGGAGCCCCCUUCUCCAUCGGCUCCCCGCUCAGCAUCUCCAAGUGCACCGGAACAUCUUGCCAAACAUGCGUCAUCUCCCCAUUUCAUCUCCAAGGCAACAAGUUCAGGACCAGGAUGGCCUCAUCUCCCAUAUGGGCUUCUCAUCGGCUCCAAGUCCACUUGCUCCAACUACUCCAUUUCCGCUCCACGGACUCCUCACAUGAUCAGGGACGACUGGGUGGACGUGACUAACGUCCCCCCAAAGGAGAGUGCUGAGGGAAUCUGGGGGUGUGCGACGGCCAGCGACACUGAUUCAGCACUUGUGUUGGGUGAGAGAGGAGGCCUUUUUCCAGCAGGAGCCCCCUUCUCCAUCGGCUCCCCGCUCAGCAUCUCCAAGUGCACCGGAACAUCUUGCCAAACAUGCGUCAUCUCCCCAUUUCAUCUCCAAGGCAACAAGUUCAGGGCGUGCUCCAGACACUUUCAUGGAGAUGGGAGUUCUAUUGAGGUUUACCCGGACCGAGGAGAGGCUCCUCUUGUGGCCCGUCAACUAGAACCCAUAGGGCACCUGUGGGGUCAGUUUCCGGUGGGAGAUAAGGCCUUUUUCCAGCAGGAGCCCCCUUCUCCAUCGCCUCCCCACACAGCAUCUCCAAGUACAUCUGACACUCUUGCCGAACAUGCGUCUUCUCAAAUGCAGCAAGUAAAGAUGAAGGAGCAGCAGCCUUCAGAUGAAUUAUUUCUUCAAGAAGCAUGA